AUGGCAUGUGAGCUGUAUGCGUUCUGUGGAGCAUUGUUCGGGAUGACCAGUAUGAUGACUCUGCUGGUGAUAGCCAUGGACCGCUACUUCGUCAUUACGCGGCCGCUGACGUCCAUGGGUGUGAUGUCAAGACGUAGGGCCCUCUACGUCAUGGCUGCUGCCUGGCUCUACUCUAUGGCCUGGUCCCUACCGCCCUUCUUUGGCUGGAGUGCGUAUGUCCCAGAGGGGUUGAUGACGUUGUGUUUGUGGGACUACAUGACGUUCACGCCUUCCGUCUGCUUUUACACCAUGCUGCUCUUCAUCUUCGUCUUCUUCAUCCCACUCUUCAUCAUCAUCUACUGUUAUUUCUGCAUCUUCACCGCUGUACGCAUCGCCACACGAGAUCGUUUUAGCAACAGCAGCUUCAUGUCCUCCACCUGUCGUUCAACCCUCACCAGUACAACAUCUUCCCUGUAUGACAGCGAAUCAGGCCUUACAGAGGCAGAACUCUCCUCUCGUCCGACCAGUUGUCAGGUGUCCAGUGAUGUCACCCAGCUCCACCCCACCUUCUCUCAGAGGUCAAAAGGUCAUUCUGUCCAGUGGCCUAUCCCAUUACUGGAAGAUGUCAGAAAGGAGAAGUCUAAAGGUGUAAGUGGGCGUGUCCCUUCCACAUGCCUAACCGACUCGAUCCCUGCCAUCAUCGUCACUUCUACGUCAAGCCCUUAA